UGGAGCGGAAGAUGCAAGCAUGUUUCCGCAACACUUCUGAAGUGUACAAGGUUGUAUUAAAUAACAAUUAAUAAGUGGCAUAAAUCGAGCCCCUGCAAUUGAACUCAAUGCUAUCCAGCUUUUAUUAGUGUUUUUUCUUUUUUCUGCUUCUUUUCUUCUGAUUUCAGGGUAAACCUUCAAAACCUGGAAAAAUUGUCGGGUACUGAUGUUGAGUGCUAUUGGAAAUCCCAUAAAAAAGACAUCCAGGAGGAGUAUAAGGCUUGUCCUAUUAAGGAUAUGAAAUGUUUCAAAACAGGCUCAAAAACGUAUAAAGAACUUUCGGAAGCUGAACAAAAACAAUGUGCAGACUUCCUUAUAGCUAAAAAUCCUUAUUGUGCCCUCAGUAAAAUUAAGAAGGGACGACGAGCAUUACCUGUCAGUACGAGCACUGAAGCAGAUCCUGAUUGGCUACAUCCACUUUUGGAUAAUAUAGAGAAAUCUACUUUCCUUUCAGGUUUAAGGAUUGAAGUGGAGAAGUUCGAUCUGAGGGACUGUUGCAAGACAACAUAUUCGACUUUAAUUGAGGCAGACAUUCCAAAUAUUUUAAAGACUUGCCACAGUGGAUGUGAAAAUUGGAAAACUUAUAGAAAAUAUAGAUUAACAGGUUCCAGGUGCUAUUCAAUUUUCACCUACAGCAAACUUGAUUGGCCUAAUAAAAGCUUAAAUCAUUUCAACCCAAAGGGGUUCACAAACAAAUUUGUGCAACAUGGUGUAAUCCAUGAAAGAGAAGCUAGGGAAUGCUAUAAAUCCAAGCUAGGAUAUUGUGUGGUAGAAACUGGAUUUUUAAUCUGCAACCGAUAUCCAUGGCUUGGUUUUUCACCCGAUGGAGUGAUUUUUGAAGAAGGCAAACCUUUCCGUUUGCUAGAAAUAAAAUGUCCAUUUGUUGGGAGGACUAAGAGUGCGGCUGAAUUCUUUGGUGAAUGCGACUAUUUGGAACUAGCUGCCAGUGGCCUCAAAUUGAAGCAGAAUCACUCAUAUUAUGCACAAGUUCAGUUAGGCAUGGCCUUGCUGAACUUGAGAAGUUGUGACUUAGUUUUGUAUUCUAGUUUCUCAAAAACAUUUCUGAAAGUAGUAGUGCCAUUUGAUGAAGUUUUUGCUAAAACUUCAAUUGAAAAAAUUUCUUUCAAUUAUUUUACUCACAUGAUUCAUGUCAUUUGUGAAAAUAAACGAUUAAGUUGAA